UGAAGCCGACUCUUUCUCUCUCAACCUCAUUGUUUAUAUAUAGGCACAUUUCAUUCUCUUUUCCCUUGCCUAUUACUACUAUCCAAGUUUCUAUUUCUUGCUGCAAAAGUAUAUUGCUAUCCUUUUGAUCUUUCUUCAUGCUCCGGUAAUCAUUUAAUAUAUACACAAAACGGAAAGAUGAGUUGUAAUGGUUGUCGAGUCCUUCGAAAAGGAUGCAGUGAUAACUGUAUUCUGAGACCUUGUUUGCAAUGGAUCGAAACACCUGAAGCACAAGGACACGCUACUGUAUUUGUAGCUAAGUUUUUUGGCCGUGCUGGACUUAUGUCUUUCAUUUCCGCCGUUCCAGAAAACCAACGGCCUGCUUUGUUUCAGUCCUUGUUAUACGAAGCUGCUGGGAGAACAGUAAACCCAGUGAACGGCGCUGUAGGUUUAUUAUGGACGGGAAAUUGGCACGUCUGUCAAGCGGCGGUGGAAACCGUCCUCCGCGGCGGCGCGUUACGGCCGAUCUCCGAAUUUCUCGGCGCGUCGGUAGAGAUUGAUGAGGUGUCUGAUUGCACCGAUGUAUUUAAGCUUCAGGAUCCAAGGAAGAUGCAAAAACGACGUCGUUUCCCUGAGGAAACUUCAAUGUUGGCGGAUCUCGAUCUCAGUUUAACACCAGGUUUUAAUCAGAAAGUGUAUAAUAGCCACCCUUUGCCGGAGAAUCAUCGGCGACCUGGAACACCGUCGAUGAAUUCAGAAGAAUCUGGAACAACUACUUGUUUUGAGAGUAGUGCUGUCAUUGGAGAAGAACCCAAAUUACUCAGCUUGUUCAAUUAGUUUGUACUAAUAUUUUCCUUUUUUCUUUUUACUAUGGGGAAGG